GUAGCUGUUUGUUAGUUACCAGAAGAUGUCCCAUUUCUACAAUGGUGGUCAUACGGCUGUUUAUCACCAAAAGACCUUCCAGUUGAUGAAUGGAAGCAUGAUGCUCACAAAAUUCUUUUGGUUGAACCCGAUGAGUGAUUUAAAGCAACACAUGCCGGAGCAUCAUUGACAUUGGAUGGCUUCUGCCAUUGACUUGGCAGUUCAUCAGGUUACCGCUUCAAACUAUAGGAGUUAUUUAAACUUAAAAAAAAAACGUAGUAGUUAUUUUAGAAAUGCCUAACAAAGGGCACCCCAGGGGCGCUCCUUGAUCGUGGUUUGUUUGAGAUUCUGGUUUCAGAAAGCCUAGAAUCCGAGAAUCAGAAUCUGUAGCCUUAACAAAGGCCACCCCAGGGGCGCUCCUUGAUCGUGGGAGGAUGCAUGUACAAUAAAAUGGCGAACAUGAUAUAAUGCUCUACAGCUGCACCUGAUGCUCGAUCAAAUCACGUACCCCCUUUUCUUUUAGGGUGAUGAAAUCACGUAGCUGAUAUUCGUACCAGAAUCCCACAUCUCUUUGGAGGAUACGCGAGCUGGAAGUGACAUGGAUCUCUCUCUUCCUCUCUGGCAUUGACUUAAUGAUACAUCCCCUCGCAAAACAAAAAAAGACUUAAUGAUACAUCGUGGGCAGCAUGUAUCUUAUAUUUAUUAUUUUAUUUCACUUGGCAAUCCAGAGAAGAUGUAAUAAAAUUGGAGGGCAAUUUAUUUGAUAUUAUCCCCGACGGAAUUAGAAAUAGAGAAUAGCUAGCUAUAAAUAUUACCUGUCAUUCGCUCUUGGGCUGCACAAAAACACAAAUCGAUCGAUCAGAUAUCCGCCUAUAGCUUGCUUGCUAGCUUUGUAAAGAGACGACAUGGAUAGUUUGCCUAAGCGCGAUGCCAACUACGUUCCGCUGAGCCCCAUUACCUUCUUGCCGAGGGCGGCCUCCGUCUACGCCGACCGCACCUCCAUCGUCUACGGCAAUACCACCUUCACCUGGCAGCAGACGUACCACCGCUGCUGCUGCCUCGCCUCCGCGCUUCAGCAGAUGAGCAUUCUCAAGAAUGAUGUCGUAUCCGUUCUUGCACCCAACACGCCGGCCUUGUACGAGAUGCACUUCGCCGUGCCCAUGGCUGGCGCCGUUCUCAACGCCAUCAACACGCUCAUGGACGCCGCCAGCGUGGCCACCAUCAUCAACCAUGCCCAGCCCAAGGUCCUCUUCGUGGAUUACCAGUACAUCCGCGUCGCGACCGAGGCCGUUAGAGGCAUCGACGCGCCGCCGCUCCUUGUCCUCAUCAACGACAUCGACAAGCCGACGGGCGCCGCCAUGAGCGGUGCCAGCCUCGAGUACGAGCAGCUGGUGGCACGAGGCGGCCUGGUCCUGGCGCGCUACCCGCCGCACGAUCUCCGUGAUGAGUGGGACUCUCUCACCCUCAACUACACCUCCGGCACGACGGCGGCGCCCAAGGGCGUGGUGUACAGCCACCGGGCCGCCUACCUCAACACGGUGAGCCUCAUGCUCCAGUGGGGCAUCCGGCACGAGCCCGUCUACCUCUGGUCGCUCCCCAUGUUCCAUUGCAACGGAUGGACCUUCACCUGGGGCAUCGCCGCGUGCGGCGGCACCAACGUCUGCAUCCGCGCGCCCACCGCCGUCAACAUGUACAAUGCCAUAGCAGCCCACGGCGUGACGCACAUGUGCGCGGCGCCCGUGCUAUUCAACAUUCUCAUAGAGGCCCGGCGGGAGCCGUUGCCCCGUCCCGUGCAGGUGCUCACAGGCGGCGCGCCGCCGCCGGCCGCGCUCCUCCAACGCGUCGAGCAUCUCGGCUUCAAGGUGACCCACGCGUACGGCAUGACGGAGGCCACCGGCGUGGUCAUGGUCUGCGAGUGGCGCCAGCGGUGGGACACACUGCCGGCUUCAGAGCGCGCGCGGCUCAAGGCUCGGCAGGGCGUGAGCGCGCUUUCGCUCGCCGGCGCGGACGUCAAGGACCCCAUCACGAUGCAGAGCGUGCCCAGGGAUGGCACCACGCUCGGCGAAAUAAUGCUGCGCGGCAGCAACAUGAUGAAGGGCUACUUGAGAAACGAAGGCGCCACGGACGGGGCGUUCCGUGACGGGUGGUUCUUAACCGGGGACGUCGGCGUCGUACACCCCGACGGGUAUGUGGAGAUCAAGGACCGGUCCAAAGACGUGAUCAUCUCCGGCGGGGAAAACAUCUGCAGCGUUGAGGUGGAGUCGGUGUUAUACCAGCACCCGGCGGUGCGGGAAGCGGCGGUGGUGGCCAUGCCGCACCCUCGCUGGGGCGAGACGCCCUGUGCCUUCGUCUCGCUCAAGGAAGGCAACGCAGCCAAGGUCAAGGAGGAUGAGAUUGUCUCCUUCUGCCGCAACAAGAUGGCGCACUACAUGGUGCCCAGGAAGGUGGAGUUCAUGGAUGACCUACCCAAGAACCCCACGGGAAAGGUGAAAAAGCUUCAGCUGCGUGAGAGGGCGCGUGCCUUCACUCUCAGGGCUACCCAAGGUGAACAACUUGGGCACUUUGCACUCACCACGGCAUCCAGGCUUUGACAUCUCCUUCACCUCAACUGGCCUGCAGUUGGACGCGUCGCAACUUCUUACUGGCUUUCAACUGACAGUAGGGAGAAAGCAAAGUUAAGAUUGAACUUC